AUGAUAUGGCUAGUAGCAGGAGCAUUUUCUGUCGUUGUGCCGACCCCUACGGCUAAUGCCUUUGACGGCCAACAGUUGGCCAUAAGAGAUGUUGUUGUCGUCACCAUUGACUUUAGGGGUGGAGUGUUUGGCUAUCUGUGCACCGAUAGGCCGGACGCCGACGCAAAUGCCGGUCAAUGGGAUCAGACGAUGGCAUUGAAUUGGACGCAACAAUAUAUCACACAAUUUGGCGGUAAUCCCAAUAAUAUUGUAAUGUUUGGCGACAGUUCCGGCAGUAUCUGUGUUAGCGCUAAUAUAUUGUCCAAUAUAUCCAAUGUUUACAUUAGUAAAGCUAUUCUGCAAUCAGGUAACAAUUUAUAA